UGGCUAGCAUUCCUUUGAUGGCUGUCACAUGUUUACUAACCAGCAGCCUUCCUCCUUCCUUGGGCCAUUAAAUCAACAAGCAUAUGCAGGGAAAAGAGCAUGAGCACCACUCCUGCUUUUGAAACUCAGGACUGUGCUUUUCUUCAGCUCUGCCCAGCUGCGUGAGCACCGCAGAUCCUGAGGAUUUAGCAACCCAUCCCAGAGAGAGAGCUUUGAAAUGUGUUAGUUGUGAGAACAGUGUUCUUGGGAAAUUCCUUUGCUGGUUUGACUUGUCUUGCUGCUUUAUGUGACCUCUAUUAAGGUCUGUUGAAAAUGGUAACCAGAACGUGUGCACUUCAGGAAAGCUCCCUGAAUUGUAAGUGACAUGCUGGCAAAGCUGCACAACUGAUCACCAUAUACUGGCACAGUGUUAACCAUGGCUUCUGAGGCUGCUCAGAAUUUCCUUCAGCCACUGUCUUCUUGGAUGUCUCAAAUAUACGAAGCUAUCCAACAAGCAGGAGACUCUAUAUCUGCUUCACUGCUGAACUUGAGUGGAGUGGGUCGUAAGCCAGAAGAGGAAAAGCAUCAAGACUUGGAGAACAAUGGAGGAGUUUAUGAGAAUUAUUCUGUGGAAUCAGAUGAUGAACAACACCUGGACCUCUGGGAUGCGGAAUAUUUGUAUCCUAGUGGUCACAAUGAGGGUCCUAAUCUUGCAUCAGAAGACCUCCUUUGUGGCUCUGACGUGAGUCCGCAGAGGCAAAAAAGGCUUGAAAAUAUCAAUGGGUUACCAGACCAGCCUGUCAAAAGCACCAGGUCUGUGACAGCUGAUGAGUCCUACUGGAUGAAUGAAGAUCUCCAGCUGCUUGAUCAACUUCCUCCCGUUGCUGAGGAAGAAGGUGAGCCCUCUAUAAGGAUGGGAGGUCAUGAGCUCAACCUCAGCUGGCAUGGCUCCUUAAAAAGUAACGGCAAGGCCAGUUUUACAGAUCUGGAUGGACUAAGCCAACUGAGUUACCAAGACAACCCAUCCUGUCAUGAAGAUGACCAUGUAUCUGUUGAUUCAAGAACAACUGAGAGUAGGGGCACUGGGCAGCAUAAAGGGGCAAGGAUGGAGGCUGACACUGCUGAUGGCAUUAGCCGACAAGCCGCAGAAGGCCAUUUGGAAGAGGAGACAGCAUUUACCAACCAGGGAUUUGAAUUAAAUGAUGCCACUGACAGCUCCUCGGCUUGGAGCCCUGAGGAACAUAAUGAAGUGAACAGUACACCAGCUCAUCAUAGUGCACAUGAGCCCAUUUGCAAAUGUGGUGAUCUAGAUGUCAUCUUCAACUACAAAGCCUCGAGUCAAAAGCUAGUAGUUACUGUCUUGGAGGCCAGGGAUAUCCCAGACAAAGACCGUAGUGGCGUGAACACCUGGCAAGUGCAUGCAGUACUGAUGCCAAGCAAGAAACAGAGGGGUAAAACAAGUGUUCAGAGAGGACCCAUCCCCAUGUUCAAAGAUCAAAUUACCUUCAACAAGCUGGAGCCAGAGGAGUUCAGCAGCCAUGCCAUUCGCUUCCGCCUCUAUGCAGUGCAUAAGAUGAUUGGAGAGAAGAUGAUGGGAGAGCAAUUUUUCUACCUAAACAACCUCAGCCAGGAAGAGGAAGCAAAGUUGACACUGGUCUUGGAGCCAAGAAGUAACUUGAGUAGUGCAGACUCUCAGCUCAGUCUGUCAGCAAUCUCUCACAGCGAUAGCGCUUCCUCGGCACAGUCCCUGUCACAUGGAGGGGUGCCAGAGCUGCUCGUGGGACUGUUGUACAAUGCCACUACAGGGCGGCUGGCAGUGGAGAUGAUCAAAGGCAGCCAUUUCCGAAACCUCGCAGUUAAUAGGCCACCUGAUACCUAUGGAAAGCUCUGCCUGCUCGACUCUGGGGGUCAAGAGAUAUCUCGCUGCAAGACCUCCAUCCGUCGAGGACAGCCCAACCCUGUCUACAAGGAAACUUUCAUCUUCCAGGUUGCCCUCUUCCAGCUCUCUGAUGUCACACUAAUGAUCUCCAUAUACAACAGACGCAGCAUGAAGCGCAAGGAGAUGGUCGGUUGGAUUUCUAUGGGUCAGAACAGCAGCGGAGAGGAAGAGCAAAGUCAUUGGCAGGAAAUGAAGGAAUCAAAGGGGACACAGGUCUGCAGGUGGCACACGCUCCUGGAGUCCUAGAGGUUACCAGGGCAGCCUGCAGGUCCUGGCACUAUGGGCUGCCUUUCCUUGUUCUCAGUUAGAAAUCAGCUAUCCCAUAGCAAGUGUCAUGCUCUGACAGGUCACAUGCACUUUAACCUGACUUUACAAGUGUCAAGGUGGUAAGGCCUGGAAAGAAUGCUCAAUUCUUGGCUUUCCAGGUCAUCCUGCAUGAACCCUAGGGAGAAGCAAUGGCAAUAUCUACAAAAUCCUUUCCUUGGUCAUUGUCUUGCUCUUUUCUCCAUAAGUUUAAUCAAUCACAGACUGAUUUUGAUGCUGUUUUCUUCUGGGGUAAAGUCUCACCCCCCUCCUCUUAUUUCUAUUGACACACAAGGAGGUUAACCUGCAUGCAGAUUGCAUUCUCCCUCUCUUAUUAUCCUGUUUCUGAGUCCUAGAAGUAAGCUUUUGAUACCACUGUAAACUGGAUGAUACAUUUUUCAGGCAGCAUGGGAAAGCACCCUUGAAUUCUCUGUCAACUUCUAAGUGCCUAGACACUACUGCUGUUCUUUCCUACUAACAAUUGCUGUUGGGACUAAACACUACUGGUGUUUUUAAUUAAAGGUGUCCUUUGCACUUGC